UCCGUCCCUGCUUCCGGCAGCUCCUCGCUGCUCCGGGAGCGGCUGAGGCCACCUACGCAGUUUCCAUGGGGACUGAAGAUGGCGCCGCGAGGUAAACGCUUGUCCUCGACGCCUCUGGAAAUCCUGUUCUUUCUGAAUGGCUGGUAUUAUGCUACCUAUUUCCUGCUGGAACUUUUCAUAUUCCUGUAUAAAGGUCUCUCGCUGCCCUACCCAGUGGCCAACCUGGUACUGGAUGUGGUGAUGCUCUUGCUUUAUCUUGGAAUUGAAGUAAUCCGACUGUUCUUUGGUACAAAGGGAAACCUGUGCCAGCGGAAAAUGCCACUUGGCAUCAGUGUGGCCCUGACCUUCCCGUCUGCCAUGAUGGCCGCCUAUUACCUGCUGCUGCAGACCUAUGUGCUCCGCCUGGAAGCCAUCAUGAAUGGCAUCCUGCUUUUCUUCUGUGGCUCAGAGCUGCUCCUGGAGGUGCUCACCCUUGCCGCUUUUGCCAGUAUGGACAAGAUUUGAAGUGCAAAAGUUUCAGCCUGCAGCCCAUCAGGCUGACGCCAUGCACACUCUCGCACUUUAGCCCAGCCCUGAGAAGUGGUGGGUCAUGAUAGCUUGGGAAAGUUCGUACAGCUUUCCUUCAGCACCGUCUUCUAACAGGACCAUCAACCGAAAGACUCUGCUCCACUACAGGGAGGGGCAGCUGGCCCUGUUCUGACCACUAUCAGACAAUUCCUGGCGGACCUCAAGUCUUCCUCUUCGAUCAUAGCCAGAGCAUCUGUGUGGACCAUCGAGGCCCUGUAGGUGCUGUGCCACGCCUCAGAAUUGCGCGUGUAUCCAGAGAGCAUCAGGCAGUGGCCCCUGGAGGAUGUGGACACCCUCACCAUUCCUCCAGGAGGCUGACCUCUGUGCCUUUGUAGUAGCACAUGUUAUUUUUCUACUCUGAUCAUGAAGCAAUCACUUUUGCAAUAAAUAUCUAUUUUCUGUUGUGGGGGUGGCAGCUUUUUCCUUAUAGCACCUGUCCCUAGAUCUCAUCUCCUUGGAGAGGGCAGAAUGUCCCCCAAACAUGUUCUCAGCCUGUGCUUGGUGACAGCACUGAAGGUCCCACUGAUUUGCUUUCCUGGCUGCAGCGUGAGCAAAUCCCAGGAGGCACUUUUUGGUUUUGUUUUUUUAAGACAGGGUCUCACUGUGCAGUCCAGGCUGGUCUUGAACUUGUGAUCCUCCUGCCUCUGCCUCCUGAGUGCUGGCAUCACAGAUGUGCACCACCAUGCCCAGCUCAGAUCCCGUCUUCAUGUCACCCACGAGUCUGCUCUGGGGCUCCGAGUUGGUGUCGUCUCUCGCUGCUCUUACAGCUGUGGCUUCUUUCUGGGCAGGGCCAAGUGCAGUUGGCAGAAGCCCUGGGGACAGCACCCAGGGCCUCCUGCAUGCUGGGCAAACACUUUAAUGCCAAGCUACACCCCUGCCCUAUUUAACUUGAAGUAAAAGGAACACUGCAGCUGGAGGAUGGCGGCCUGUAGAUGACUGCCAGUUCCUUCUCAGUAGCCAUCUUGGAAAAGAUGUUCCACUCUGGGCAGUGGCUGCGCUUUUCAGCCCCAAGAGGCCACCAGGGAUCCUGCAAAAGCAUCCAUUUUGGAAGCCUGAGGCCCCUCUGUCUGAUAGAGAUGAAUCCUGGAUCUGCCCCACGAGCCUUGAGCUGGCCUUGUGUGUGGUCUGGUUCAUGUCAUCCUGUGGUCUCCACGGCCCAGAGCUCUGAUGCCCUUUCGUCUCCUGUAGCUCUGCGCCCUGUGGCCUUGCCUCCGGAUGUCCUGGGGUCCAUCCAAAGCCACAGUGGGCAGGACUGGUCUGCUAGGAACUUCCUCAACACUGCCAGUCAAAAACCCCAUGAACACCAAUUCUCUGUUGCUUCUCAUGCUACCAUGAACUAAUCACCAGCAUCAGAGCAGAGGGGAACUUGUCCUCCACAGCCGAUCUCCUGCAGUGGUUCAGUGGCAAAGGCCACCCUUCAAGCUGCACAAAUGUGAAUGGAAGGUUCACGUGAAGUGGAGAGGCAGCUUAUAAAAUGUGCCUGUUAACACUCUAAGUGAUGGUAGAGACCCCUGAAACCUAAGCUGCGCUUCUGUGGGCCUAGAGCUGAGAAGGAAAGCAGUGUAUUGCUGGCUAGCACCAGGUAAGAGUUCCAAGACCAAGGUGCCUCUGGGUGCAGUAAAUACUUUCCUCUACAGGAUGAGUCCAAAGUGAGGAUAUAUUAGGCACGCUUCUUGCUUAGGGUUAUGCAGAAAGUCCACGUGAGGGCUGGGGAUUUAGUCCAACGGUGCCACCGCCUGCCUUGCAAGCACAAGGUCCUGAGUUCAAUCCCCAGUAAGAAAAAAAAAUUCCAUGCAUUUGUUCUUCAGGUGUUGCCAGCAACCUGUGGUGCAGUUGAUCAUGUUGUAAAGUGGAAACUGCAGCCAAAGUGGAGGACUGGAAGUCUGAGUUCACGAAACCAGAGGCUGUGCUUGUUGGAACACAGGAAAGCCACCGUACAGACCACGGACAUGGAGGCACCAUACUCAACACCAGCUGCCUGAGGCCUUUUCUGCUGUCACACACAGCUGCACAGCGGUGUCUGCAGUGGUGUCUCUGGGUCCAAGGUGUUCAGCUCAUGAACAGAAGCAGGAUCUGAACUGAGAGGAAAACCACAGAGCUUUCCUUUCCAUACCCUGGUGUUGACGUGGAGAAACUAAAUGUAAUCUCAUGUACAAGUCUUCAUCCACACUUUUGUCAGAUACCUAUACCUCAAGAAGACGCGACAGUGCAGGACCAGGACCUCAACCAGCACAGAAGCUAAGAGGUAGUGAUCAGAGCGCAAUGCACACACUUGUCUGAACGUCCCACCCCUUUAGUUCCAGGCUAUCCAGCCCACACGAUGACCCUCUUCCUCCUCAAGGUUAUUUCCACUCCUUUCCUGCUAGCUAGCUAUGACCCAGUCCAUGGUUCACCUCCUUUUCAUUGAAUCUUCCUCUGUCCAACCUUUCUUUAAAAAA